UAUGUCCUGUAUAUUCACAAUGCCUGAUUACUUCCGUCCAGUUCGUUAGUGAUUGAUUAAUUGUGUAUUGUUUAACUUCCCUCUGGAGAAUUUUUCAUUCAUAUGGAGACAUCACCAUUGCUGGUGAAGGGCUUCAAAAUUUGGACCUACAUGUAUGCUCGGCACUUCCACCAGGGAGGGACCUUUAUCGUGCCACACCUGCUGUGACACGGGACCUCGGAUAUUUCGGUCUCAUCUGACGGACCGCCCCAUUUAAUCGCCUUUUACGACAGGUAAUGGGGUACUAAGGACCGAUUUUAAUGUGUUUGUUAGUUACGUACUAGUAUUUUAUGAUAUUAGUACAUGGAUGUAAGGGCAAAAAUAUAUUGCACCAUGCCUACUAAUUGGUAGGCCGUUCUUUACAUACAAUUUUGACUAUCGGAUUACUUCGUUUAACUGAUCAAGGAAUAGGGCUCACGGCGGUUAUGACCGGUCAACAGGGGAUGCUUAUUCCUUCUAGGCAUCUGAUCUCAUCCAUCGCUAUGUCCAGGGAUCCGUAUUUGUCCAUCUUUUAAUUUUGUAAUCUUCAUAUGAUUUAUGCGAUUAAUCACUGUUCGUUACCUGCGCUUGUUCAUGAAGUAGUUGAAGCUUUCAUUGGAUUCUCAGGGUGUUUUAGAUACAGUGGUUUAUGUUGGGUUGUUUUAGAUACAGUAGAUACCUAUAAAAAUUAUUGGAUUAUUGGGGAUUUUUACAGGGGCGGAUCCAGGAGUUAAGUUGGGGGGGGGGCGCAACUUUAUGAGGCAGGGGGUCUGGAUUUUACAGACUUUAAAUAAAGGGCUUCCAAUAUGUCUCCUAUGUAAUACUUUUGUAACGGAUUUGGGUAAGUAAAGGCAAAUAGCGUGGGUGGGGGUUGGACUUUAUAUAUGUAUGAUAUAUCAUGACUAGUUGUGUGGUGUUUAAUACUUGAACCACUAGGCAAUUGCAUGUGGAUAAUUUGAGAUCCAUUUCAUCUAUUUAUUAUUCAUUCAUAGUGGUCAUGUUCAUUUAGUUUUAUCUUUCCAUAUUUGUAUAUACACAUAUGUGGCCAUUCACUUUGUACAUAUAUUUGAUAUGAGCCAUAUAGAAGGGAAGACGUCUUCUAGAGCUUCAUUAAUUCAUAUUGUCCUGUUUUACAUUUCAGGAAUUGCUUUGUUGAUUUGUAUUAUAUUUAUGUAUAUAUUUACUAUAUAUUGUAAUAAGCUGAGAUGGAAUUCUUUAGCCUUUACCGUAGUCCAAUGUUUACAUGGUCGUGACCAUAUACGAAGACGCCAUUAUUUGGACGAAGAUGCUUCGUUGCUGUUGGCGACCACUUAUGUCGUUAUCGGAGUCGCUCCAACUCCUAUCGUUUAAGAGACAGAUCUCAUCCUGGACAGAUCCGAGACGGACGUGUUUUAGCUGUCGGUAAGCUAUCCCCCAUAUAAAUUACUCCCAAUCCCAGGGAGAUGUGCCAAUCCAUCGCGACUUGUUUGUAAAUCGUCUUCAGUUUCAUUUUCACUUUCGUUUUAACCAUUUCCGUUUUGUGCUAUAGAAUUCCCCAUCUUGUCUUAAAAUAGCACAUUGUUUUCAUUGUAAAUAUCAUUUCUAUGCUACAGAAAUCGUAAUAAUACUUGAUCAAAACUGAUACCGCCUUGUCUUAUUUACUUGAAAUUCACUCGCUACCAGAGUUUUAUAACUCGAUUCAAUACCAGAUUCGUAUGCUACUCGCUACCAGAGUCUGAUAUUUGUUUACCCUGACGACCACGUUACACUUUUUACUAUUUUCUGUCAUUUUUGAUUGAGGGAAAUCAACAAAAUGACGCAAAUUUUAAGGGUUUUUGGGAGAAAAUGUAAGUUCUCCCAAAUCAAUUUAUUGGUCUGAGAGUGGAAGAAAUUAUUGCUUCUUUUAUCGUUUACAUUGUACAUUUAUCUAAACAAGAGACCACGAUUGACCUUAAAUUUGAAAAUGUCUCCCAAUAUACUUUCUGGAUAAGCACGAUUUCGACUUCGAUACUUAUGUACAUUCCAUUCAAGAAUCUUUCAGAUAGGGACGUGCUAACACCCGUUACUCUCGCUUCUUUCCAUCGUCAACUUCCCAUAUUUAUGCAACAAUAUUCUUUAACUGAUUCUAUACGCAAGGUCUUGUUCUGCGUAUGGAAAGUUUUUAAAUCGAGACAGGCUACUGACAAACAAGUUGAUGUUACAGGGGUUUGAUAGAUGUUUUUAUAUUCGAGAUAUUUUGUGACGUCACUGUUUUGAUUUAUCGCCUAUUAAUUUUCGAUCAUUUUUGUACAUAAUAUACAAGAUUUUUAGGAUAUGUAUAUCGUCAGUUGGAGUUGUAUAUAAUGUCAUAGAUUUUAGACGUCAGAGGCGCAGAGCGUCGGAGUUCGUUAUGGUCACGGGGACUAAGUCCGUUUUGGGCCCGAACUUUGUGAUACAAUUAAUAAAGAAAGGGGUCUAACUCAGACCCUUAAAACAAAGCUACUCAAUCGCUUCAAAUGCCCAAAGAAUCGGACACUAGUUAAAACAUUAUUCUAUGCAAAGGGACUGGCAAAUUACGCAUAUCGUACCUACUUUCUGAUUUUUAGGCAUUUAAAGCGAAACAAUUUCUCGACAAAUAAAAAAGUUCUGAAGCAGAGCACAAUUCAUACUACUAGUAUAUUAUCAUAUAGACAUUAUCAAAAGAAUACUUAAGUUUAAUCAUAAUAAAAAAUUAUUUAGUCAAAAAUAAGAAAGUCGUCAAAUUCUCAUUAAAAGAUUCAAUCCGAAUUCAAAGCACGUAUGCAUGUGUUUGCAUAAUUGCUGGGAGAAAAAAACCCACUAUGUAGCUUGUAGAAUUUCUGGCUUGACAAAGAGCUACUAAAAAAGAAAAAAAGAAAAAAAAAGGAAUUUCAUGUUUUAAUGUAUUAUACCCGAGACAUUAUAUGCUGUGUGUGCGUGACAUGGAUAUUCUAGAUGCUGGUUGUGGGACAGGGAACUACGCCCGUUAUUUUCUAGAUCACCAUCCUCGCAGUUUGUCUCUUUUUGACGCCAGUGAAGGCAUGCUUAGAGUGGCCAAAGAGAAACUACAGUCUACACAAAAGACGGCUCUUUGUUUCAAAAUGGGAGUACUUCCUGCUGUUCCAUUUGACGAUAAUUCCUUUGAUGUUGUUAUGAUGAAUAUGGUGCUACACCACUUAGAUACCAGUGAUGGAGAAUCGUACCCAAAUAUGGCUAAAGCAUUGAAGGAAGUCUAUCGAGUGUUGAAGCCGGGCGGAGUGCUAGCUGUUACUACCUGCACCCCAGAACAAACAGAGGCACACUGGUUUGCUCAUUUGGUUCCUGAUCAAAUGAAACGAUACACUAAAAAAAUUCCCCGUCAUAAGCAGAUAAAGGCGAUGUUGACUGAGGCUGGGCUGACUUUGAAGGCAGCAUUCAACACUUUAACAACAGACUAUCACCCCGGACAUCAUGAUUUGGAGGGUCCGUUACGGGAAUCUUGGCGCAAUGAUAUAUCAUUCUGGGCCUCCUGCACCGAGACGGAAAUUCAAGACAUGGUUCAGAGAGUCACAAAAAUGAAAGAAGAAGGAACUCUUCAGGAUUUUCAUGAUACUCAUGAGAAAAUUGAGGUUUUUGGGGCAAUGCAAAUUUUUGCAGCUCAAAAAGUAUCGUUGUAAAUUACAAGAAAUUAAAUUGUUGACCAUAAGAA